AUGUCCAUCACCACGUCGGCACUCGUAUCCCACGAGCUCAACAAACCCCUCGUCCUCGAGGACGUAGUGCUCGACGAAAUGCGGCCCGACGAGGCCAUCGUGGAGAUCGAGGCCAGUGGCGUCUGCCAUACCGAUCUAUCCUGCAUGGACGGGACGAUUCCCGCCGGAUUCCCGAAUGUAUUCGGCCACGAAGGCGCCGGAACCGUGCUCCAAACCGGCUCCGCCAUCACGCACGUCCAGCCGGGCGACAAAGUGCUCCUCUCAUUCAACCACUGCGGCGACUGCGAGCACUGCAACGACUCGCACCCCGCGUACUGCACGUCUUGGGUGCCGCUGAACUUCUCCGGAAAGCGGCUGGACGGGACGCACACGCUGCGCACAGCACAGGGGCAGGCCAUGCACGGGACGUUCUUCGGGCAGAGCUCGUUCAUGCGACACGCGCUGGUCUCGGCGUCCAGCAUGGUCAAGGUGGAUGCGGCGACGGACCUGGGACUGUUCGCGGCGCUAGGGUGCGGGUUCCAGACGGGGGCAGGGUGCGUGCUGAACACGCUGCGAGUGCUGAUUGCCGGGGCGAAGACGAUCGUGGCGGUGGAUUUGAACGAGGAGAGGCUGAGGAUGGCGAGGGAGUUGGGUGCGACGCAUGUGGUGGACGGGAAGAGCCAGGACGUGGAGGGGCAGAUCCGAAAGAUCUGUGAGCCUGGGAAUGGGGCGCAGGCCGCCACGGUGGGGGCGCCCAAGCCGGGGUCGACGGUCGCGAUUGAUAUCUUUCAGCAUUUGAUUCUGGGCAGGGAGUAUGUGGGGAGUACGGAGGGGGAUGUCGAUGCGAAGACGUUCAUUCCCUUCUUGAUCGAGGAACAUGCAAAGGGUCGGUUCCCCAUCGACAAGCUGAUCAGUUAUUAUGAUAUCAAGGAUUAUCAAACGGCCUUCCAGGAUAUGAAGGCGACAAAGAUCAUCAAGCCGGUGCUG